AUGGCAAACAGGAAGCUAAAGAAAGCGCCCUUUUCCAGCCUAAAUGCAUCAUGCGAAAACUGGCAGAGCAUUAACUUAGUCGAAGCAACACUUCCAAGGUGUCUCAGCGCUGCUGUGGAUUUAUCUACGCGCGCCCGACUCGAGGACACUCUCAAGGCUAGCGCCAAUGGGAAGGCGUCACACAGCUGCAGAAGCGCCGUAGUAUACCAUGUGUCGGAGCCUGAGAGCACCUACCUAUCCUCUGGAAAUACUGAUGCGUCCAGUGCAGUAUUCACUGCGGAGCAUCCAUUAUACGUGUUGGACAAAUACAAGGCCCUUGAUCGCGAAGCAUGGCGUGAGCCAGUUCGUCCCAUCGGGCACCGGUUCAUGGCACUACGACCCGAAGCGAAAACGACUUCCAACUGUCCCAAAAGCUUCUGCCAGUCGGCGGCGGAGGAUCAUGGGGAGUCGAAAGGGAGCGAAUGUAGCUGCUCUCGGCCGACAACUUUGAAUAGUCUCCACUGUGGGGAAGUAGCAUCGGAAGCUGCUAUGAUGGCCAAGCAACCUGUCGACCGGGCUGGAAGCGGCGAACACAAACUCCGGCCCGCCCACCGACAUGCUUUUGCCGCUGUCUUUCCUGGAAAUGAUAUCAUUGAAGACAGCACCACAUCUGCUGGAGUGUGCACUGAGCCGGUCGGCUCCAGCACCUUCACCACGCUACCUGCACUGUCUGGCCCGGAAGAGGAUGAGCUUCCUGAGCACGAGGGCGGAACUGAAGGUCUGAAAGAAGGCUCACUCUGCAGUCAAUUCGGAGAAAUCAAGUGCUCAGUGGAGAAAGAACAGAAAAGUGUCGAGUGUUCAGGCCCUGCGACUAUAUCCAUGUACGGCCCAGAUGUCGAAAGCAAUGACCCGUCUUUCUCUCCUUUUCACUCCUCUCAUGCGCCUUCCAUAUCUUUGCGGGAUUACUUCCUCGGCCGCAUUGUCAAGUACACGCAGAUGACCUCCACUGACUUCGUGCUGGCGGUGAUCUUCAUCAACAAACUCCUUCGAGUGAGGCAGCCGGUCGCGCAUGAUAUUCCUAACGAAACGAUAAACCGUUCGUUAGGAGCCGAAAAUUCAUCAUUCCAUCAAGGUGCUUCGCGAGUCUCAAACAGGCUCACACAAAUAGAGUCUUCUGUGGAAGACAGGAUGUCGCAGGUUGUUGCAAAAGACGAGGGUAUCGAGUACAACGUCCUCACUGCUCACAGGCUGUUACUGACAGCGUGCCUCAUAGCGAACAAAGUCCACUAUGAUCGAGGAAUAGUCCUCAAGCACUGGGCCAAGCUAGGAGGUCUGGAACUGGAAGAAGCUGUGAAUCUGGAAGCCACCUUUCUCAAGAUUAUUGACUGGCGUGUGAAGGUCUCUGUGGAAGAAUUCAUUCUGGUAAGCACCGUACACAACGAAUGUGUUUAUAUGUUCAUAAGCUGCAGGAGAGCGCGAGCCUUCCACAAGCCGUGGAAAAAGUGUUCGAGAGCCUUUUUACAGAAACACGCCAUGCUUCAAUGUAGUUCGCGGUGA